UGACGCCGUGCUGACAUCAAUAAUUGAACUCGACGUUCCCUCCUCAUCGACAGGCACCAAAAAUCGACGGCGCAGAUUAGAGAUCGCGUCACCGGCAAGUCGCCAGGGUUGACAAGAACCGUCUUGAAAGUGUCGUAACAAGUCAACAGCCAAAAUAAGUAAAAUCGCCGACGUGUAACCGCAAGCUUCGUCCUCUUUCGUUUGCACAACGUCAUCCCCCAUCACCCUCGUCCAUUGCUGACUAGGAAACCUCCAAACAGGUAUUGAAACAUCUCUUCCUCAGAAAUGUCAAUCGUCAAUCCACAAAUCCAGGUGUCUCCUUUCAGACGAAACACAUCGAGCGCAACCGCCCAUGCAGCCACUCCUCAUAGCUGUUAAUUCGAGAAGAGGAUACACUUCCAAAGCAAAACCUACUGCAUCCUCUUGGACUCUUUCAUGACUCAAUCGUGUCACUCGCACGCAUCAACCUUCUCAAUACAAGUAUUACAAACUCUCGACAGCAAGCUCAGGAGCAGUGAAACCAUAUGGAGGUCCAAGUUCAAAGAUCCACCAUCUUAGCUCCUCAUGCCCAUCCCCUCAAGGAAGUUCCACUCACCAUAUUCGAUCUCUUCGCCUCCAACAUCAACAUCGCGGUGCUCUUCGCCUUCACCGCGCCGACCCCCUGCAACACCGAGAUCAUCGAGGGCUUGUCGAAGACAUUGGUGCACUUCCCCCUGCUCACGGCUCAGCUCGAUUACAGCCUUCUCCGACGUCGCCCCUGCCUUGUAGUCGGAGGCAAAGGCGGCGGUGCACUGGUGGUGGAAGCAACGGUGGACGCGGACCUGUCGGACUUCCUGCCGCUCGAACCCUCGGCGGACUUCCAUCUGCUGCACCCUCCGACGGAAGAAACCCACCACUUGUUCCAAGUCCAACUCAACCGGUUCAAGUGCGGCGGCCUCGUGGUGGCCACGAUCACUCACCACAGGGUGGCCGAUGGCCAGUCCAUGAGCACCUUCUUCGUUGCAUGGGGAGAGACGAUACGUGGCACGCCCAUCACCUCACUUCCUGUGUACGAUCAAUCAUGGAUCAAGCCGCGAUCCCCACCGAAGUGCGAGUUCCAGCACUGGGAUCUCGAGUUCGUGCGCGUUCCACCUUAUCGUAAUGGUUCAACUUCGAAUCAGAAGGACGAGGAUCCCAGCAAAAUCACAAACAUAUUGCUGCGCUACUCAUCCGAGUUCAUAACCACUAAGCUGAAGCCCAAGACGAAAGGGAAGUACACGACCUUUGAGACUGUGUUAGCCCACCUUUGGAGGAAGAUAACCAUGGCUCGUGGCCUCGAUGACCGGAGGCAUACCAUGAUCCGUGUUACGGUGAACGGCCGACCACGAAUGAGACCUCCGGUUCCAAAUGAGUUUGUUGGCAAUCUGGUCUUGAACGCGUAUCCCGAGUCGAACGUGAAGCUACUCCUCCAAGGAGGCGUAGAGCGGGCUGCCAAGAUCAUCCAUGACGCCAUUCGCAGGAUCGACGAGAGCUAUUUCCAGUCGAUUAUAGAUUUCGGGGCGAUGCACGGAGAGGAUGACCUCGUGCCCGUUUAUGAUACAGAUGGAGACGUGUUAUCGCCCAACCUGGAGGUGGAUAGCUGGCUAAGGUUUCGUUUCCAGGAGGUGGACUUCGGUGGCGGAGGGAAGUUGUGUGCUUUCCUUCCGACUUGGGUGCCUUUCGAGGGUUUGGUCAUCUUCGUCCCGGGUUUGGAGCAGGAUGGGGGUUUAAAUGUUGUUGUCGCGUUGUUUGAAGAGCAUGCUGAGAAGCUGAGGCAGAUCUCUCACUGCUUAAUGUGACGCCGCUAAAGCCCGAGGUUUGCCUGCAUGCCUAGCGAUGAUGGCGGUUUUGUUGCAGGUGGUAUCGUCGUAUGAUGAGUUGAAUGACUG